CUGAUGUGUUCUUUGCAUUUUGACUUUUGGCACUUUUGGUAGUUAGCUGACUGCGUGGAGCUUUUUGCUCAAAAUAAAAUAAAAAAUAAAAAUGAAUAUUCCAAAUGAAUAUGUUUCAAACGCCGAAGAUAUUGCAGAUAAUGUUAUCAGAAAAUUAAAACACAUACUGCCUACCUUGGCAAGAGUAUGCCUAAUAUCAACCUUCUUAGAAGAUGGAUUGCGGAUGUGGUUCCAGUGGACAGAACAGAGGGAAUAUAUGGACUUAUCUUGGGGAUGUGGCAAAAUUUUGGCCACACUUUUUGUUAUAGUUAAUCUAGUUGGUCAAUUGGGAGGCUGUGUUAUGGUGAUUAUAAGAUACAGAGUUAAUAUAGCUUGUGGAGUAUUGUUCUUCAUUGUUGUUCUACAGACGUUAGCUUACAGCAUUCUAUGGGACCUCCAGUUCCUAUUCAGAAACUUAGCUCUCAUAGGUGCCCUUUUGCUGGUCUUAGCAGAAAGCCGAGGUGAAGCCAAAAGUCUGUUCGCCGGAGUUCCAUCACUCGGCGAUAACAAACCCAAGAAUUAUUUACAACUCACCGGAAGAGUGUUGUUGGCGUUUAUGUUUAUCACUCUUAUCCGAUUUGAAUUAAGUUUCUUGCAGAUAACCUUGGACCUCGUCGGUUCUCUCUUGAUGGUUAUGGUAACAGUAGGAUACAAGACUAAACUAGCAGCACUGACCUUAGUUCUACUUCUUGGCACCUUGAACUUCUACCACAAUGCCUGGUGGAAUAUUCCAGACUACAAACCCUUGAGGGACUUCCUUAAAUACGAUUUCUUCCAGACAUUGUCCGUCAUCGGUGGACUGUUGAUGAUCGUUUACUUGGGACCCGGGGGUGUUUCUAUGGACGAGCACAAAAAGCGGUGGUAGAACUAUGUGAUUCCAAGUAGUGAACAUCUUGUGACAACAGGUUUAUAAAUCCAGAAAAACUGUCGACUCUUUUUUAUACCACAUAUACGCGUUCCUUUUUUCUCUAAACAUUAAAAUAUUGCAAAAGAAAAACCAACUGAAAUUCAAGAGAUCACUGUUGUGUUGUGUACCAACAACUGCAAAUGCAUGGUUAGUAAAUGCUAUACAAGUAUGGCUAGCCAAUAUUUAUAAUUUGUUAAUUUUUUAUAAUACUUCUUUUUCAAUUCAUUUUUUUAACCACUUUAUUGGUCUAAUCUGUGCUAAUUUUUUCCAUAUAUUUACUGGUAACUUAUUUACUAUGAUAUCAAUAGUAGAGGUUAUUAAUUUCUGCCUAACAGAAAAUAUAUAACUACAACAAUCAAGUAAUAAUUAUAAAUAUUAAUGAUGUAAUAUUACAUAAUAAUUACUUGAUGCAGUAUUCCAAUUUUUAAAAGGUGCAUUCGUGGAUUUCAGAUUUCCCUUGAAGUUUAGCACAAAUAGUAUACCAAAGGAACAUGCAUAAUUAUGUGUAAUUGCAUUGUGCCCUUUAAAGCCAGAAAGUAAAAUUCUUUUACAAUACCACCACAAUGAGCCAUACUUUUUUUAAGACUUUCUCCUCCAUUUGGAUUUAUCGAGCCAUCGCUAUUCUGUGUAGAUGUAGAGAAAGUUCUUAAAACGCUUGCCAAUCACCAGUAUUAUUUUAUUUGAUGUGUAAUUUUUCUACUGUUUUUUUUUUAUUUUAAAUAAAGGGUUGCUUCGAAUAAUGUUUAAAUAGUUCAAAAUAAUAAAAGAUAUAAUUAAUCAGGAGGAUAAAGAAAGAAAACAAAUAAUACUUUAUAGUAUUCGUAUACAUUAUGACCAGUAAAGAAGAAUAUCUUCGUUUUGCAGUCUGGUGGUUCUGCACAAUUUUAUCAUUUUAAAAAUGUAUAGACACUUGUUUGGAAAAAGUUCUUAUUUUGGGCAUUAUGUGUAAUUAACAGGCAAAGCAAAUAAAUGUCUGUUAAUUCGAAUAAAAUAAAUAUCUAGUAUUAAAAUUAAACAUUGUGUUCAGGGAUCUUUUGACUUUAGUUGGUUUUUUAAGUACACGAGACUUAGCGGUCAGAUCGAUGUAAAAAUCAGUGUUAUACACUUUUUUACUUUUAAGCAAAAAAUAAUUAAUUUAUACAAGAUUUAUUUUAUACAAAAAAGAUAUGUAUAUACUCUAUUGAGGAAUUUUUGUGAAUUUAUUUUGACUUGGAUUCAAUCGGAACACCUCGUUCCAAAGUUUGGUUCGGAAAAAUGUCAGUUUUGCAUGUGUAUAGUCUACUACAUAUAUUUUUAUAAUAAACUGUUUUGUUGAA